UGUGUGCCGUUUGCCUCAUUUCUUCAUCUGAAAUUGCCGCGCAUUCAUUGGCACUUCACAACGCUGCCAUGGCCGAAGUCACCACCACCUACCGAAGUGAAGCAGCUCACCCGCCAGCGCCCGUCUCUCGUUCCAACAGCUUUUCGCAGCAUUCUGAAAGCUCGCAGACUGCUGCCGAGUUCAUCAGCAGCCAACUCCAACUCGAGGCCGACGCGCGUGAGGCCCUCCCAUAUCAAUUCGACACAUGCACAAAACCACUCGGUGCCUUGCGACAAGCUCUAUACGCCUGUCUGACUUGCAACCCCCCACCCGCCUCGCCGGCACAGCAGUACACUCCAGCCGGCGUCUGCUACUCGUGCUCUAUCUCCUGCCACUGCGACCAUACCCUCGUUGAGCUCUUUGGAAAGCGCAACUUCGAAUGCGAUUGCGGCACGACGCGCAUUCCGGAUACUUCGCCAUGCUCGCUCCGAUUGAAUGAAGACACCGGGACCAAGGGAGGAGUGCACUCAGAAAAGCCGGCGCAAGACAACAAGUACAAUCAGAACUUUAGGAACAGGUUCUGCGGCUGCGAGCAGGACUAUGACGCCCAUCAGGAGAAAGGGACCAUGUUUCAGUGCUUAGGGCUGGGAACUGUGGAAGAGGGGGGAUGUGGCGAGGACUGGUGGCAUCCUGAGUGCGUCGUUGGACUCGACCGCGACGCGUACCUGAAGAGCAUCGAGGAGUUGAAGUCCGUGAAGACAGACGCUGCCGUACAAGCACCCCAGAACGGCAUCUCCGUGGCCAUGGAUGUCAUCUUGGAAGAGGAGCCAGCCAACGGAACAACAGAAGCUCAUGUCCCUGCGGUCCAGACCAGUGUCACAGGCGGCGUUGACGGCAAUGAUCUUUCCGCGAACGGUGGAGAUGAAGCGGUUGAAGACGAUGACCCGCCUUUGCCCCCAGGAUUCCCUAAGGAAGACGACUUCGAAACUUUCAUCUGCUACAAGUGUGUUGAAGCCUUCCCUUGGAUCCGGAGAUAUGCGGGCACUCCGGGCUUCCUCCCAGCUGUCUACUUCAAACCAGAGAACAGCAUCGACGCCGCCGCAGAGAACAGCACGGCCAUUGAAGUACCAUCUAUGAUCUCAGAGCCCGCCUCAAAGAAGCGCAAAGCCUCUGAUGAAGAGCCCGAGGACUCAGCAGACCCAUCCAUGGCCCCUCCAAAACGCCAAAAGAGUGAAGCCCCCCUCACAGAACCCACCCCCAUAACAACCACCCUCCCACUCACCCCCAAGAAACCCACCACGACAUCAUCAUGCCACUUCGAAACUCUCCCGCCCGCCCCAGAAGCUCGUUUCUCCCUCUUCAUGCUCCCCGACUUCCGCGACCACCUCUGCCGCUGCCCCUCCUGCUUUCCCCUCCUAACACCGCACCCGCAACUCCUCGAAGAAGAAGAAAUAUACGAGCCGCCCAUCUCUGAGGACGGGGAUAACGAGGGCGGCGCGAGUGUGGGGACGGGGAGUAUACUGGACCGAGGCGAAGCGGUGUUCAACAAUAUGGAUCGUGUGAAGGCUAUUGAGGGCGCGAUGGUCUACGCUCAUCUCAAAGACAAAGUCAGAGCCUUCCUCCAGCCGUUUGCGGAGAGCGGCCAGGCUGUCGGUGCUGAGGAUAUCAAGGCCUAUUUUGAGAAGCUGAGGGGUGACGCAGAUGGGAUCAAGGAUGCAGCGGGUGGCGCGUCGGGUUCUGGGAGAAAGCGAGACGGAGAAGAUGGGGCUGGCGAGGGCGAGGGGAGUGGGAGAAAGGAGCAGAGCGGGUACUAGGCGCGAGAAGGUGAUGGAAACUUUGGGUAGCUGUAAGUCUAGGUUGGACAUUCUGAUGGGUAGGUUCAAUACAAUCUGUGCGAAAAGUACUAC